AUGUCUAGCACCAUCGAUAUGACAAUGUUGUCUAAAAGCGAAGAGACUCUAGACACCAGAAUAUCCGAUAGCAGAAUAAAAUGUUACCCGAAGGGGUAUCCCGAGUUGGCAGCAUUUAUGGAGAGCGAUCCAGGAUUUGGUAUACUGCGUCGUUUCAACCAUCUGCACCUACGAAAUCUCUUGUACAUGCAAGAAGAACUCACAUCCAUGGACCGACGUCUAUAUGAGAUCGAUACUUCGGAGACAGAUGAGCUCAACAAUAUGACCCGAAAGGCCGAUGGAAAUAUAGACAGGAUAAAUUUGAUGACGGAGAUUCGAGUAAAGCUCAGAGAAUACGGUACAGUUCUGCCCAGGUGA